AUGUUUCCAUUUAAGAGAAGUCUUCUACAGAAGACUGAUGAACUCAUACAAUAUUUGCCCGCUCUCAGUGCCGCUACGCUCUCGGGUCUAUUUCGCCCACCCGUGGAUGCAACAGCUCAGAAAGAGUUGAGGGAGAGAUUACAUAUCUGGGCUAUCGUCGGCACCAUUCAAGUCAUUGAUUUUUAUAAUGGCUACUAUUGUGUUAAGUUCUCCUUGAAACCGGAUUCUAACUUUGUGCUUACUGGAGGGCCUUGGGUGAUUGCUAAAAAGACAAAUCGGAGACCACCAGUUCCGAAAGGAGAUGGGAAUGGAAAGCAAGUAUAUAAGGGUAAUAGAUCUACUUCGGGAACUAAAGAUGAUCAGUACUUGGGUUCAAGAUUUGCGGCACUUGAUAAUGAGGAAACAAAUCGUGACUUAGAGACAGUCCCUGAGUCUCAUAGUGCUCCUAAGGUGAAUGUGGCGGAACCUAAAGAUGGUAACAAGCAGAUGUCGAAGAUGGACAAAACAACUUUGAAGACGAAUUUACAGAAAACUGUACGGGCCUCUAACAGGAAAGCAGCCUCCAAAGGAAGGGGCUAA